AUGCCCGUCUACAUGGUCCAUGGUUUCCGGUGGCCACGCAUUGGCUUCACUGGUAUUCGAGUCUACAUUGUUCUCCAUAAUUUAGAAGACGCUACAGCCGAAUAUGUUCAGCAACCAGAGACGAAUCGUUUGCUUACCGAAUGCUUCAAGAAGACGGACCCAGAUAUCGUAGCUCAUCUGCCGGACCUGCGAUUCAUCGAACAAUAUGACCCCGAAGACACAACGAGCGAAAUGGCCGUCAGCCAGCCCUACGCCUAUGUCGCUGCCAAGGUGAUCACACUUUCUGAGCCCGGAGCGCGCGCCCCUGCUCUCAGCUGGAACCCUGAGGAUCUGGCCAAGGACUCACCACUGGACCCGGCCGCUUUGGAGGCUCUGACAAAGUUUCGAGAUAAGUACGCCGCGGGCGAAAGAAUUGGAUGGUGGAUUGUCUAUAAUGGGGACCCUGAAAGAGAUUAUCCUCAUUCUGAGGGCGAGGAUAGCUAUGGUGAAGAUUAUGAUUACGAUGACGACGAUGACUAUGAUGAGUAUACCGAAUCGAAUGGUGAAAGUGCUAGGGACUCCACGGCACCAGUAACGCCGAACAGUCCUGCUGCAGUUCUUUGGCAGGUGAAAGGCGAAUGUACGCUCGAAGAUAUGAGCUCGGAUGUUCAUGAGAUGUUUCUCUAA